AUGUACAUUCUUCUUGUCAACCUGUCACUGGCAGACUUGUUCUUCACUUCUACCACAAUUCCCCGACUUCUCCAUGCCCUGCUGACGGGGGACAGGACUAUCACUCAUUCAGGCUGUCUAGCCCAAGUCUUCUUCUUCCUGUUGGCUGGCAAUGUGGACAGCUAUGUGUUAGCUGCCAUGGCAUGGGAUCGAUAUAUGGCUAUAUGCCGACCACUUCACUAUGCUGCUGUGGUAACCCUACCACGCUGUGUGAAGCUCCUAGGGGCUGUGUGGACAGGUACAACCCUGCACUCUCUGCUUCACACAUUCCUCACUGCUCGCUUGUCCUUCUGUAACAACCAUGCCCUUCCACAUUUCUACUGUGAUGUCUAUCCUUUGCUGCAGCUUGCCUGCUCUGAUACCUCUCUCAACUUCCUAGUUGCUCUAAUUGAAGGGGGAUCUACCAUACUAUUCCCAGCUGUCUGCAUUAUCACUUCCUAUGCCUACAUUAGCACUGCUGUAUAUAGGGUCCGAGCAACAGGGGGAGUGCGCAAAGCGCUUGCCACAUGUGGUUCCCAUCUAUGUGUGGUUGGGCUUUUCUAUGGGACACUGGUGGGUGUUUAUUUGCAGCCCCCAGGUCAGCUGAAUAAUCAGGGAAGAGAUCAAGAUCUGGUGGCCACAAUCAUGUUUUCUGUGGUGGCUCCAACACUAAAUCCUUAUAUUUAUAGCCUGCAGAAUCGUGAAAUUAAAGCAUCAUUGGCAAGGAUAUUCAUGGUAAAUAGGAACUAG